UUUCAGAUGGCUCAAAACUUGCUCUUCUGCACCAUCGCCUUCGUCUUCGUAGCCGUCGCCAUGGCAGGACCUGGAGGUCGUGGAGGACCUCAUGGUCCAGGAGGGCAUGGCCCACGUGGCGGACCAGGACUUCCACCAUUCCUUGUUAAUGUCACUGCAGCAGGAAGAAAAGAGUUUGAAGCUGUUUUCAAGAAUGAAACGUUAACAAUUGCUGAAGCUAAUACCCAAAUUGCUGCUCUCGCUGAGAAAUACGGAGUCACAGCAACCUACAAUGAGUUUGUGGCUAAUCGCACCGCUCUACUCGCCGAGGUUAAGAAGAAUCAAACUGCAGUGAUUGGAAAUCUUACAGCAGUCUCUGCCCAAUUGGCCACAAUCUACCAAAACAAGGAUCAAACUCGUAAAGCACAGGAAGAAGCUGUUGAUGCUCUUCGCAAAGAACAUCCAGUUGAGGUGAAUGCUAUCAAGUUCAUUCGUGCCCAGCUCGGCGGAGAGAAGGUGCAUGGAGGCUCACAUGGAGGACUCCGUGGUGGGCCAGGAGGGCCACGAGAUGGACCAAGAGGAGGACCAAGAGGUGGACCAAGAGGAGGGCGUUAAUUUUUUUUCUGUUUUGAAUAAAUUAUUAAUUAUCCAA